AUGGCCAGAUUACCUCUCACGUAUUUUGGACAGGUUAUCAGGGGCGAUCCAUCCCCGGAGAAGGACAUCAUGCUUGGUAAGAGAUAUUUCAUUAAUGAUGCCUUCUACAAACCUGGAGGCCCAAUAUUUCUGAUGAUUGAAGGGGCAUUAACAGCCGAUAUAUAUCAUCUAUCAGUGAGUAAUACCUGGGUUACGUAUGCUGAGAGACUAGGCGCCCUCUGCUUACUUCUGGAACACAGAUUUUAUGGACUCAGCCAACCAACAGGAGUUUUUUUUUUUUUUUUUUUUUGCUUUAAUUGCAGAGAUCUGAGUACUGCCAGUCUCCGCUACCUCAGCAGCAGGCAAGCCUUGGCUGACAUUGUCAACUUCCAGACUGAAGCAGCAAAGAAAACGGGGCUCACCACAAAUAAAUGGGUUGUGUUUGGUUGCUCUUAUGGUGGCUCCCUUGCAGUGUGGUCGAGAAUAAAACACCCUGACCUGUUUGCUGCAGCAGUGGGCAGCAGUGCACCGAUGCUAGCAAAAGCCAAUUUUUAUGAGUACUUUGAAGGAGUUCAAAGGUCUCUGGGCACUCAUAGCAGCGAAUGUUUAAAAGCAGUGAAAGAGACUUUUGAUAAAGUUGUGAAGAUGCUGAAACAUCAGAAAUACUACAGUAAGCUUAAAAGUGAUUUCAGAUACAUUUCUGUGAAUAGCUGUGAGAGUGAUGCCUGA